AUGCCAAACCUCGAUACACUCCUCUCUUUCCCCGCAAGUCGAGGGGCCGGCCCGUCGUCGGCAGCGGAAAGGACGCCGAUCCCACCACGCUCUUCUCUCAUCCUCGUCACCGACACAAUCGACUCGCCUGCGCUCUUCGUGCUCACACAUUUCCUCAGAGCAUCUCAUUCCAUCAACAAGUCGCAUCGCACAGGCAGGGUUGAAGCAAACGUGCAUGUAAAAGCAAACGCAAAAUCGCACACCAAGGUCAUCUGGCUAGGAUGCUCAUCUGCCGGCUAUGUCGAUCUCAACAACGUAGCCCGCAAGUCGUCAGUGCAUUUGGAUCAAGAGACCCGUGAUGGAGCCUUUUCUUAUAUCGAUGCCGGAGUGGAACUGUUCACUUCGUUCGACAAUGACAGCAUUGAUGAAGCUGUAGCUACGAUGCAUAUUCGCGAGGACGCUUCCCACGCUCAGCAGUCACUUCAACGUCUUUAUAGCAAGGUGGCCGAACAGCUUCAAGACACAGCCGUUUGUCAGCAGACAACAAGCUCAGAUUGGUCCUCAAGAACUCUGAUAGUAGUGGAUGAUUUAUCGGCUCUAGCUUGGUCGUUGGAUACAAGCGACUCCACGGCGCAUUCCGUCGAUGUUGUUCGGCUGCUGAGCAACUGGCACGGUGCUCUCACUUGUCUCGCAACAAAGCACCAGGCGUGCGUCAUCUCCUUGAUGCAUGCCGAUGCCACUUCAAGCAGCAAGAAUGGAGCCUCGGACCGUGUUGACGAGUCUCUGUUCAACAACCUGCUGCAAAAGGCAGAUGUGUGGAUAGAGGUCAAGGAGCUUGUCAGUGGCAGGGCCAGGGACUGCGAUGGCGAAAUCACAGUUCAUCCUCUAGUACGGCCGUCGCUGGCGCGCACAAUGCCCAGCCCCAAAGCCUCGGUUGCAGGUCAGGAUUCAGAUCCAAGGCAUCUUCCUCCGCUUCAAGCAUUUGCCAUCGAGACGCCUUGCCCCAGUCGCGCAAAGGCUGUCUUGUAUCGGAUCACUCCUGAUGGCCAGAAUGCUGCGCUUGGCGGCGCAUCCAUCGGAUCCAACACAGGCCGAGUGCAGGUCUGGGCUCGCGGCACAGGCAGGGGCUUCUUGUGA